AUGUCCUCCCUAGCCGCGCAAUACUGCCGGGUUGCCCAUCGACAACUCCGUCCGCGACACGAUGGAAUAUGGACUCUCGACGCCCUCCUCAGCGCCGCCUUCCAACAUUUUUGUAUGGUCUCGAGGAAGAUUGCCCGCCACGGCUCCUCCGUCCCCGGGCCGAUGGAGAAUAGGAGGCGCCUGGGAAGGAGACGGAUGGGGGAGCUCAAUUUCGGACAGCCGCAAUGCGCCGCGCCCCCAUGGGGGCUCGAAAGCCUUGCGGAUCUGACCCAAUGGAAGUGGACGCCGCCGACACCAAGCGAGCGGCUUCGAGAAAGCCGCGCCAAGACCUCGUCAGAUUCUACUCUGACGCAGAUCGUCACCGAUUGGCUAUCCGGCGUACCUCCCGCGUCUCCCGCGGAUCGGCCCAGUGUGGAAGCUCGAGGCGCCCCCGACGGAGACCUAGCGCCAGGCGAAGUCUUGAGUAGCGUAGCCCCGGAUCAGGCUGCGCAAGCGGCGCCCGUGGUCGAUACCAGGGUCACGUCCGAGGUUCAUUGGCGGAAUCUGCUGGCGGCUGCCGGGCACCGGGCCCCGAAGGUCAUCUGGGGGACGGGAAUUGCCCAGGAAGAUGUUGUCAGGAUGGCGUUAGAUGGUAUUCUCGGAGACCCGACGGCGCCCGCCAAUUUAUCCUUUGCGGAUUUCUGCGAGAGCUGGUGCGACGGCGUCUCUCGUCUCCUCUUUUCUGGCGAGGCUAUCUGCUCUAUCUUGGAUGCGAUACAAUUGGGGAUAGAUACAGAACUAUCUGAUUCCGGGAGAUGUUUGGAUCCGAAGGAAGCAGAUGCGGCUAAACUAGCAAUGCUCCGGGCGACCAUCAAAGGCCUAUCUGGCCACGGAUUCGACGGCCGUAGUGAUCUAGACCACAUCGUCUGGUGCGAUAUCUUGCACCGGAUUUCCGACUUGAAGAUAAACGCCAUUGGCAUAUUUACAAAUGCCAUGGGAAACAUACCUGAUAGCUAUUUGGGCAGGAUGCCCAUGAGCAUAACAGCAAAUUUGCACACCUACAUAGCGGCGGCGAAACGUACACGCAGCCGUGUCGAAAUCGUCCGGCAGGCCGACCGUAUCGCCAAACCCUUGAGGCAACUCAACUCGACCCAUCACCUCCAUAUUCUAGAAAGCUGCACCGCGUAUGUGUUGGCGUACAGAGAUGAGUAUAUGUCGACAUACGAAGAUGAGUCUGUGUCGGCACACACAGACGAGAAUUUGUUGGCAUACAUACGCGACAAAGAGCAAGACUACGCCCAAAUGCGUCUAGCUUGGCUGCUACUCUUAGCUAGACUGCCAGGCGUGGACAGCGAUCAUCUGGUGAGAGUAUGCUCCCAACUCGAAGCCGGCACGGGGGCUGUCCCCCUCACCAACAGGGAGAUUUGCGAGUUGUACUUGGUCCGGAACCGCUCUUCCCUCGGGAAUAUGAUUGGUCUGUACAAUGCGAUCCAGGAUGUACGAGGCUGUGACAAUACGAUGCGGUACGGCUGGUUAUGCCUCUCCUUGUGGCGGAGAGGAGAAUUUGCCCAUGUCAAGCGCUUUUGCGAAUUUCUCCACGACCUCGGUCGAGAACAGGAUAUUAUGCGUGUCGCUCAAGGGUUGAGGAAUGUCGUGAGGAGCCAAGCUAGGCCCCUAGCCAAUCUCGCCAUCGGCGCACGCGACCCAGUGCUAGCGAUAAACUUGUAUUCUCUCAGCGAGAAGGGCAAAGGGGGCUCAUCCCACUUCUGGAGGGCAAACUUUUCAUCCGAAGCCUUGGCGCUCCUCAUGCGUUCGCGAUCGUUGCGGCACGAAAAAAUCUUAGGUGUGCUAUACAUAUUCACCCGCUUUCCGAGAAGACGUGGGGUGAGAGGGCAUCGCGACUGGAGAAGAGGUCUUACGAAUCGCCAGCUGCACAAGGUGAUUAGACUGUCAGUGGCUUUCGCGCAGUCGCGGACCGUCACAAACAGAACGGCGCUGGCACUGAUCACGCGCUGUGUUAUGCACCUCCAGGGGACCCGUGGGCCGGUGUUGCCAACUCUAGUCCUGAAGGCGCUAUUCUACAACAUCACCAGGGAUCUCGACGAGGGCCGACCGGGUAGAACCACACGGCUACGGUGGUAUCUGCGCCUGCUAGGCCAGCGGGACGGCUACGACGAGAUGUUGAGGAUAAGCGAGCGUCUCGACCGAUGGAGAGCCUCCAACGCGCGGCGUCUGCUCUUUCAGCAGCAGUAG